ACUCGGUCAGGACUUGUCUGCAUGGAGAAAUUGUUUUUCAGAGGACCGGAGUAAUUAUGCCGAAGAAAGGAGUGAAGAAGAGAGGAAGCGGAAAGCUAAUGACUGAGGAGGAGAGACUGGUGCUCCUGCAGCAGAAGACUCAGGCUGAAGAAGAAAGUGCGAAGAUAAAAGAAGAUGUGCUCACACAGUUCCUUAAGGAUAAACUGCAGAAGGAAGAGCGGAACAGCAUAGUUAACCUACACAAGCUGAACCAGCAGUGGCGUGCGAACCUGCGGCAGACCCGAGCUGUAGAGCUGCGUGAAGAUUUUGCAAUACUCAGCCAAACUUUUGAGAGAGUUGUGGACUGCAAGGACAAUGUCAUUAAGUUAUUGGUGUGUGAUCUGAGUGAAGCUGAGCAGCAGUCAGCAAUGGCUCACAGGGCUCAUCUCCAGUGUGUGGAUCGUCUGCUAGAGAUACAGAGAAGCCGACUGGCAGCACUGGAGUCACACUGGAGCACCAGUCUAAAGGAACUCAGCACCGAGUACAACACAGAGAGGGAACAAAUUCUGAAGCAGCAUCAGCAGGAGUCUGAAUACCUGGAAGCAGCUACGUUUGCCUUAGAACAGCGCUAUGCUGGAAUAGACAGUGAGGCCAGACAAGACUAUAUGAGUUCACGUGAUGACAUCAAAAACCGGGACAUAGAGGAGAAGCAUGCGCUCCGUAUCCAGAUGGAGGUUGCUGUGGAGGAGCUGUGGCAGCAGUUUCAGCAAGAACAACAGAAGUACACUGAAGCCACUGAGGAUCGUCAGAUUGCUUUUGAGUCGCUCCGUGCCACAGACCAGCGUAAUGCUCAGGAAGCAGACCUGCAGAUGAGGCACAUGCAGAAAUUGCAGGGCACCAUAAAUGCUCUGCGUUCUCAUCUGAGCUACAAUCAGAAGGAGUAUGAGGCAUCUGCGUGUGGCCUUCGGGCUGAAUGUGAGGAAAUUACUCAGAAAGUCCAACAGCUCAGAGCUAAGCUAAGCUCUGCCCAGGCUAUGGAAAGAACACGGCUAGCUAAUCACGCUACAUAUACCGAUAAUGCUAUUAAAAAACUACAGGAUAUUAUAGGAGAGGGUGAGACACUGUUACGUCUGGCUGACGUGUGUCGCAAGUUUGAAAGUGAACAGGAGAAGGUGCUUCCCUUUUACACAUCAUCUUUAAAUGCUGAGGAAAUAAGUCAGGAGAAAGCACAUGCUAUGGAGGCGAUGUCUGAAGAGUUAGCACAGACAAUGACGGACUAUACAGAUCUGGAAAAAUUUUGGCAACGUUACAACAAGGUUCUACUGGAACGUUUGUGUUUGGAACGAGAAAAGAAGGUUGUAGGAUGGGAGAACCAGCAGCUGAGGAUCCUUGUCAAGCAGUACCUGGAUGGAAUCUCUGUUAACGAUGAGGUUCUACAGCAGCAGAACUCGCUGCUCAUGUUGUCCAGCCCAUCACUCCAAGCCUCUCCGGCUUCAGAAACCCAAAAGCACAAACGCAGAACAGUCAUUGAGGCGGCCCAUGUGAUGCAGCACACGCUGUAGAGAAGACAUGUAAGCAGUGCACACAUAUAAAAGCAGACUUUGUUCCAAAGACAGCGUUAGAAGUAAAUCAUAGGUGUCCAAAAUGUAAAUCAGUCUAAAAAAGACAACACACAUACAACUUAACCAACU